CGUGUAUAUAUUUAUAUUUUUUCAGUAUUUUUUCCAAUAUUUUUUUCCAGUAUUUGUAUUAUUUUUACAUUUCUUUAUUUGUCGGUGGAUAGAUCUUCACUUUAUCUAUCAGAUAUAAGAACACCGAUUAGAUAUGAAUUUGUUAUCAGUAUAUACUUUUUAUUCACUUUUCUUGGAUUUCUCUAUGUUAAUAUAUUUUCGGCGUAGACAGAUUCUCUCAGAAAAUGUAGUUUACUAUCCAAUCUGGAGAUCGAGAAUUGUUUAUUCAUGAUUGUUUUCGUUUUCAAGUAUAUAUUUAUAUUUUUCAAUAUUUUUUCAAGUGUUUGAAUUAUCUUUACAUUUUUUUGUGCUCGGUGGAUAUAUUUUCAUUUUAUCUUUCAGAUCUAAGAACACCGAUUACAUAUGAAUUUAUAUUCAAUAUAUACCUAUUUUAUUAACACCUUUUUUGGAUUUUUCUAUUUUAAUAUGUUAUCAGCGUAGACAGAUUCGCUCAUAAAAUAAAGUCUGCUAUCUAAUCUAGAGAGCCACAAUUGUUUAUGGGCUGUUCAUGCAUGCAUUAAUAUUUCAGUUUUUAUAAGUAUUUAUUUCAUUUUUUCCCUUUUUGUGUCGGUGGAUCAAUUCACAGAUCUGUAUGUUCAAAUCAUCGAUCUGUGUUUUAAAAGUCCAUUUACUAAAAGGUUUAAAUUUUAUUAUGUUAACACUGAUUUUAGUAUCUAUAUUUUCUUAACUUUCUGUUUACAGCAUCCAUCACCAAGUUUUUCUCUGUUAAUUAUACCAUGAUAGCCCCAAUUAUAUUUUUAAUUAUACCAUGCUAACACUUAUUAUAUUUUUUAAAUUAUACCAUGCUUACCUUUCACUUUUCCAUGAAUUCGUGUGCCCUGUAGAAAAGAAACAUUUUAUAUCUAAAACAAUUGCAUUGAUUCAUGUUAGAAACUGAAAAAUUGAAUGGUAAUAACUUACAAAUCUGUCGCAGAAAACAAUAUCCAUGUCGGGACGGAAUGUGAUAGACACGGACAGUCCAUGUCUUCCAAUUGUGUCCACAUACCCGCUCUUACUUUGUUUCCUGAAUUACUCAUUCUCUCAAUGCUAAAUUCUCCAGAGGAUGAAACGAAAACGGACUGUGAUUCGGAUGUUGUGGUGUAUAUAUAACCUUGAAAUGAUUGGGAAGUUAUUAAGGGGAGAGUGGGAAGUUGCUGGAAAAUUACUCAUUUAAAAAAUGCUCCAUUUCACAGGUGGGGAAGUUGCUGUAGGCUAUUCCUGGAACGUGCCACACCCUCUACGGAAUCCUUGGAACGUGGCUGAUAUAGGAAUAACAGGAAUAAUAUUAUAUUAUUAAUAUAUCAUUAUUAUUAUAAUCUUCAUCAAUAAGGAUAUCGUCUCUCCCGAGGCACCAAGUAGCCAUUGAAGGAGAGAUUUCCAGUAUUCAUAACACUAAGCUGUACAGCCACAAAGAACUCAGUAUUGCCACUGAAGAUUUUAGCCCAUCCAACAAAAUUGGCGCAGGAGGGUUUGGCACUGUCUACAAGGGGAGGUUGAGUGAUGGAACUUUAGCUGCAAUUAAGGUUCUUUCGGCCGAGUCAAGACAGGGCGUAAGGGAAUUUUUGACAGAGAUUGUGGUUAUCUCAGGUCUGGAGCAUGAAAAUCUGGUAAAGCUACAUGGUUGUUGUGUAGAAGGGGAACAUAGGAUAUUGGUCUAUGGCUAUCUUGAAAACAAUAGUCUAGCUCAAACUCUCACAGGAUCUAGAUCCAGUGGGAUUAAGUUUAGCUGGAGUGAGAGGAGUAGAAUAUGCAUAGGGGUUGCCAGGGGACUUGCAUUCCUCCAUGAAGAAAUCCACCCUCACAUUAUUCACAGAGACAUCAAAGCAAGCAAUAUCCUUCUCGACAAAGAUCUUACCCCAAAGAUUUCAGACUUUGGCCUUGCCAAGCUUUUCCCGCACGAGCUUACUCAUAUCAGUACGCGUGUAGCAGGGACCCCGGGUUAUUUGGCUCCAGAGUAUGUAAUUCGCGGGCAAUUGACAAAGAAGGCUGACAUCUUUAGUUUUGGGGUUCUCCUCCUGGGAAUUGUUAGCGGAAGACCCAAUACUGACAAGAGACUACCACUCGAUGAUCAAUAUCUUCUAGAACGGGCAUGGAAAAUCUAUCAAAGAGAUGAGCUGGUUGAGGUGGUUGAUCCAUUACUAGGAUCGAACUUCGAUUUAGAUGAAGCGUGUAGGUACAUAAAGAUUGCUUUGCUAUGCACGGAUUUCAUGCCCAAUAGCCGACCAUCUAUGCCAACGGUGGUGAAAUUGUUGACAGGGGAGAUGGAAGUGGAUGGCAUGAAAAUAUCAGAACCGGGUCUGUUGCCUAAACUUUUGGGUCUGAGGAAUAGGACGAGAAAAAACCUGGGAACCGUAUCUGCUGGGUCAGGGAAUGAUGAAGGCAAGUCUUCAACACUGACAGACAACACCGUCUGCACUACACUGGCAACAAUGACAUUCACCUCCAUAUCUGAUAGGAGUACUUGAAGAAGUAUAAUUGCAUGACAAUCAUAACACUAGAAGUGCUCUAUCACUU